CUCUGCCGGUCCACGAUUUGUGUGGAUUGCUGAUUUUCGUUCCUUUAUUUAUUUUAAUAAUAAUAAUAAGUGUGUCUCUAAAAUUGUUUGUAUUGCAGCGGAAAAGGUGUAAUCUUCUUACCUUUAACAUCCCGUGGUACAAAAAUAACCUGAUAUAUUAUUUUCAUACGCCGUAAUUAAGGACAACCAUCAGGUUAUUAUGUUACUCAACAAAACCAGGUUGGUUGGAUUCACGAACCGCUCUCAUAAGUGCAACAUGGAGAUUCAUUCCACGUCAGACGUCGUGAUUUUGAGCGGUAAUUCGCAUCCCGAAUUAGCUGAUCUCGUUGCAAAUCGCCUAGGAGUACGAAAAGGAGGAUGUUCGGUUUACCACAAAACAAACAGGGAGACAAUGGUCGAAAUUGCUGAUUCUAUCCGUGGGAAGAACAUUUACAUCAUACAGACUGGGACAAAGGAUGUUAACAACAACAUAAUGGAACUACUGAUCAUGGCACAUGCUUGUAAAACUUCAUCAGCACGCUCCAUAGUCGGGGUCAUUCCAUACUUACCAUACAGCAAGCAGUGCAAAAUGAGGAAGCGUGGAUGCAUUGUGACCAAGCUCCUGGCGAAAAUGAUGUGCAAAUCUGGUCUCACGCACAUCAUAACCAUGGAUUUGCAUCAGAAAGAGAUACAGGGCUUCUUUGACUGUCCCGUAGAUAACCUGAGGGCAUCACCCUUCUUGCUGCAGUAUAUUCAAGAGAGUAUCCCAGAUUACCGCAACUCAGUGAUAGUAGCUCGAAACCCUGGCUCUGCGAAGAAGGCCACCUCAUAUGCGGAGCGCCUUCGGCUGGCUAUAGCCGUGAUACACGGAGAACAGAAGGAGGCUGAGAGCGACGAAGUGGACGGACGGUAUUCCCCUCCAUGCAUGCCUAGCGUGGACCGCUCGCGAACAAUGGACGUGUCAGUAGGCGUGCCUGUGCACCCCGCUAAGGAGAAGCCGCCGAUCAACGUUGUGGGCGAUGUGGGCGGCAGGAUUGCUAUUAUGGUGGACGACAUGAUAGACGACGUACAAUCAUUCGUAGCGGCCGCGGAGGUGCUAAAAGAGUGUGGGGCGUACAAAAUCUACGUGCUAGCGACACACGGCCUGCUCUCUUCCGACGCGCCGCGACUGAUCGAGGACUCCUCCAUCGACGAAGUGGUAGUCACCAACACAGUGCCGCACGAGCUGCAGAAGAUGCAGUGCAACAAGAUCAAGACCAUCGACAUAUCAGUGCUGCUGAGUGAAGCAAUCAGACGCAUCCAUAAUAAAGAAUCUAUGUCUUAUCUGUUCAAAAAUGUUACACUCGAGGAUUAAGAAUAGGUGUCAGGAAUAUUGGGUGGACAUACUUAUAAUACCCAAGACAAAAGAAGACAUGUCGCGUGGUAGUGGAUCAGAGUUAUAAGUAUAUUUCUAGCGUAAAUCUAAUCGCUCACCUGUCAGUAUGCAUAUUUUGUAGUUCAGUGCAAAUAAGAUGACCAACCUUGCCAAUCACAAUCAAAAAUCGAGUAUAGAUCUCGGCUUAAGGCUGCGUGUGCACGAGCGACUUUUGUCUUCACGACAAUCUCCUACAUCCAUGCGCGUAAAUAGGGAUGAUGACUACUGGUCAAAUUAGUGACUUUAUCAAACGUCAAAACGCUUGCUUAGUGAGGAAGCUUGUAUGAAAUUCACAGAUAAAUAUUUAACAUAAUUUGAUGUAGGUACUUUUUUAAUUAAAUCGGUAAUUAAUAAAAGUGGUUAGCAAACUCAAAACUAACGUAGAUUUUACGAAUCUCGGAAGACCCUCUAUUUAAUAAUUCCUAAGAAAUUAUUUUUGACAUAGUCAUCAUCCCAAUUAUUGACACGUGCACUUAUUUACAUUGCCAUUUAAUUAAUGAACCAAUGCGGCUAUUUGGUCCGCGCGUUAUUUAACCGCUCAUGCGUUGCGACCCUUAUUGAUAGUAGCACCAAACUAGCUAAAGUAAGUUGAAUGAACCAAAAGCAGUGUCAUGCUUUUUACAGUAUUCUCUACGGAAAAGGACAUCGUGAUUGUUAGCUCUGUAUUUUAGUUCAGUUUUUUGUAUGAAAAUAUGGUGUCAGUAAUCUGUAUAAGUUUUGUAAGCUACUUAUAUUAAUUAUAACUUGUAAAUUCUGAUUGUUUGUUGCAUAUUUGCCAGGUUCUCUAAGGAACAAAUUAGUCAAUAAAUACCAUUUAGUUAAAUAUCUAUACUUCUAAAUCGUAAUUUUUAUAUGCCUAGCUAAUAAAAUAUGUAUUAACAUAUUAAAAUUACUUAGCAAUAUUGUUAUUUGCCAAAUUUUUGAUGGCAAAUGUAGUCUGUACAAAAUGUCAAAAGCAUGACCACCUUUAAAAUAAGGACUGAAAUCGUACUUUUAACAUGACACAAAAUUCGGCGCGUGAGAACUCAUUUAAUACGCAUUGCA